AUGAAUCAGAACGGUAUUUGGGAAAAUAUUCUCAGAAGACAGGUCGCUGGAAGAUCAUUGCGUUCAAAGUGCUUGGUGUUAAUAACCUCCAAUAUCAAAGAUCAGCGGCGUUUCUUGGAAAGGAUUGGAGUGACGUCGUUAUCAACCAAUAAUGAUUUCGGUUGGGGUUACAUAUUUCAAGAAAUAAAGGAUACACAACAGGAUGAACUUGUAUUGAAAUUGAAUAUUCACACUGUGGUCGAUACCGGUUAUGAUAAUGAAAGAAAUGUUAAUCAUUUUGUGGAAAUGUUGAAGACUUUUGUCUUGAGCAAGUUCAGGAUGGAUGAUGUUUUGAUGAUCCCGGUUCUCAAUUGUCAUAGUGCUUCAUCUUGGAUUGGUUUUUUGGCCAAGUGGAUCAGUAUUUUUGAUAAAACUUUUGGCAAUACUGAAGAAGGUGAGAAAUUGAACACUAAAUUACUAGAGCAGUUCAAGAUUAAUUCACUUAAGUUUUUGGGAUCGAAUAUCUCGAUGGCCCCCAAUAUUGUUCUUAAAGAGUUCGAAUGUGACCAUCUUUUGGGAUGUAAGAUCCUUCUAUAUAUAGUAGGGGCUUCAGAAUUGAGCCAUGAUGGAAUCAAAGGGGAUUUUGAAUAUGCUCAACAAGCACUUAGAGUGGUGGCUCUCAAACAUGGGGGUUCGAUUGUUUUUGCGAAGGAAAACCAGUCAAAAGAUGACAAAAUUUUGUUGGGAGUUAUGGGACUAUCCUUGAGUUGUGAUUUUCUGAGUGGAGGGGAUAAUAAGGAUAAUAAAGUCGUACCGAAUGCAGUCAGUUUCGAUCAGCUAGUCAUUCCUCUUGGGUACGACUCUGUUGGAAAAAUUCUGGUUCUGGAUGAAGAGUUUGAUAUAGCUGAGUUUGCUACUGCUUGGCAAAAUUUGAUAGAUGGGAAAGAUCUGAUCAUCUUAGAAAAAUACAAGACAAAUUUUGCAAAAAAUGGUCCCGUCAAUUCUGAGUCGAAACUUUUCGAUAACAGGGAAGAUAAGGUUAUUGAUACAUCAGUGGAUACACUAUCGUUGAAUGAUUUUUUACGUUUGAAUUACAGUGCUUCUCCAAACCUCAAGAACGAAAACAGGACAAUUGAUAAAUUAACUCAGGAGUAUAGAAGCGCAAAGGAGGAUAGUCUGAAAGUUCGUGACUUUUUUGAAACUUUGAAGUUGAAGAAUAAAGAGAUAUAG